UUCAAGCUUUCAUCUACUUUAAGACGCAUAGGGACACAGGCAGAACAUUCUUUAAGCUGGUCGUCCUCUUAUUGUGGCAAGUCUUCCUUCGAGUUUGGCUUGUCGAGCGCAUGACAGUCAUGCCACACCAUGAACUUUUACAAGAUACUUGAUGCUUUUCACCUGAUCUUUAUCGUUCAUUGCAUCUAUUAUUAUUUAGUGACCCACUUCGCGAACAUUGGUGCACUCACAGAAAUUGUAUGGAGUUUUAAACUUCAGAUAAUAUUUGACGUCCCCAUCAUCCAUGGGGUACAACUCCUGUAUGCUCAUCGUAUAUGGACAGUCAGCAAGGGCCGAUCAAGAGUUCUCCCGAUUAUAGCGGGCAUAUUCGCGGUCCUAAGUUCAAGUUUAUCCAUCCCCCUUCUUUGGGCGCUAUUUCAGUGUCACCUGUUCUCUGACUUGAUUAGAGUCGAAUGGGCGACAUACAUGGCCUUGACCGUGAUUAGUUGUGGUGAUGUCCUUAAUACAUCAUUACUGUGCUAUCUCCUCGCUACCUCACGUACAGGGUUCUCUAUCACCGAUUCUUCUAUACAAAAACUCAUGGGUUUAAUCAUCGAAACUGGCUGUCUUACAAGUGUGUGUUCGGUGACAGCCAUCAUUACAUGUGCAGUGAUGCCGAAGAACUACAUCUUUCUCAGUUUUGAAUGUUUAUUGGCUAAAUUACAUGUCAACUCGUUCAUCGCACUCCUGAACUCGCGAUACUACCUGCAGGCCAACAGAGAUAGUACCGUUUCCUCCAAAUCCAAUGUCAGACACAGCGUCUACCUCUCGGAGCGGUACUUUCCCUCGUCACAAGACGAGAGACUCAAAGGAGAACAUUUUAAUCAUGCAGAUGAUGAAGUAACAGUGCAUCCCGCUCGACCUGUCCAAGCUGGUAGUUGUGUUAGUGUCGAUGAGACGGAAGCCACAGCGUCUACUUGCGGUGAUAUUGGAAAGAAAUUAUAUCUCGAAUUCGUAUGAUGGGAUCGAUCGAUUGUUACCCGCUUAUUCUUACCUAUACCAUGUAUUGCUGUUCCGAGAACACGUUGAACCAAAUCAGUGAGCAGGUACUAUGG